AUGUCCGCCGUUUCUGAAUACAUCGAACAACAUCAACAAGAGUUCAUUAGUCGCCUGCGCGAGGCUGUAGAGAUCGCCUCUGUUUCUGGCGAGAUUGAGCGCAGACCGCAAGUGAUAAAGAUGGGCCACUGGCUCAAAGCACAGCUGGAGGGGCUAGGCGGUCAUGUGCGUAUGAUCGACAUAGGCACGCAGCAGCUCGAAGGACACACUGUCGCACUCCCCCCGGUUAUUCUCGCGCAAGUCGGCCGCGACGCGUCUAAGAAGACUAUUACAAUCUACGGCCAUUACGACGUGCAGCCCGCAGAGCUCAGUGACGGCUGGCACUCAGACCCCUUCCAGCUGACGGUCGAGGGUGACGUCAUGAGAGGACGCGGGUCGACUGACGACAAGGGUCCCGUUGUGGGGUGGCUCAACACCCUCAGCGCUUACACUCACACUAACACUCCGCUUCCCGUUAACCUCAAAUUCGUUUUCGAGGGUAUGGAAGAGAGCGGCUCCGAGGGUCUCGAUGAACUUGUCGUGAAGGAGAGCACCGGAUUCUUGAAAGACACCGACGCUGUGUGUAUUUCUGACAAUUACUGGCUCACUAAUCGCAAACCUGCUCUCACUUACGGGUUACGCGGUGUGAGCUACUUCGAAAUCUGCGUUAAGGGACCAAGAGCAGACUUGCAUUCGGGCGUGUUUGGUGGGACUGUGCACGAGCCAAUGACUGAUGUUGUCAAGCUGAUGAGCACUCUCGUUGACACGGAUGGGAAGAUUACUAUCCCUGGUCUCAACGAAAUGGUCGAGCCACUCAGCAAGGAAGAGUUGAAGAGGUAUGAGGAUAUGGAUUUCGACGUGAAAGAAUACCAAGAUACUAUUGCUGACCAUCCAAUCACCAUCUCCGACGACAAGGCUAAGGUGCUCAUGGGGAGAAUGCGUUACCCAUCGCUGUCGCUGCACGGUAUUGAAGGUGCCUUUUCAGGUAGCGGCGCUAAAACAGUUAUACCUUGUGGCGUCAAAGGGAAAUUCUCAAUUCGACUGGUACCCAAUAUGGACGUUGACAAGGUUGAAAAGCUGGUACAGAAACAUCUUCAAAGUGAACAGAAGAAAUUGAACACACGCAACGUCGUUGAGGUGGUGCAGCUAUCCGGUGGGCCGGCAUGGGUUGCGGAUCCUAACCACUGGAACUUCCUCGCAGCUGCGAAGGCUAUUAAGACGGUGUUCGGCGUGGAGCCAGAUAGGACAAGGGAGGGUGGAUCAAUUCCAGUCACACUCACAUUCGACGAGAGCUUGAAGGUGAAUGUUUGUUUAUUGCCGAUGGGCAGAGCGGACGAUGGCGCACACUCCACCAACGAGAAACUGAACAUAAGCAACUACAUACAAGGGUCCAAAGUAUUCGCAGAGUAUUUGGAGAAUAUAGCAAUGCAUGAUUGA